AUGGUGCUUCUCCGAGCUCGUCGUAACAAACUGGCAUCAGGUUUACGGCCUGGUGAUAGUGAAGAUGGUUCGGGGGCCCGAUACGAAGCUCAGGUUCGCGAGAAUCGACGUCGUGGAGCACUUUACGCCUUGAGUUCAUCCAACGGCAAACGACUUCCGAGUGUCAGUCUUCAACCUACCGAUGCUCGAGUGCGACGCGAUCUGUUGAGACUCACACAACUGGAAGACAAAAGAGUGGAGAGCGAGAAGAGAAGCGUCUACGAGGACGAGCAAAACGACUGUAAACAUCGCGAACAUCUCAACUAUCGACCGCCUAUGGAUCAGAUCCACAAAUUGCGUGAUCUGCAUACGACUGUAGCGAAAGAUUGUCGAGACCGCGUGAAGCUUAGUGCUGAUCAGCGGAUAUUCGCCAAGAUCAACCAGAAACUUGGGUCAAAACAGGAUGAGAGCACGAAACCAGAAUGGCGUCUAGGAUACAGCAACAACGUUGACACAGGCUCGCGAGCUGGCGUCGGAGGCAUUUUUGAACCUCGUGAUGGAACUCGGGAGCGAAUUCUCGACACGCGAAGGGCUACUAUGUUGUUACCGGACUCUGUUGUAGUAGCCUAUCCUCUAAACAAGUCUGACAACCAGGAUGAGGCAAAGGAGAAUCAUCUUGUUGAUAGUCCGUGUUAUCAUCGAGUAGUCAAGAAAAAACCGUGGUGUCCAGCUUCCUCUUCGAAGUCAGCGAGCUCAGCAAGCCCUCGACGUCGCUAUCCUGUAGAACGCUUUACACCAUCCGGUUUAGAAGAGAGUGGUGAUUUGAAUUCCUACGAUCACGACGGACUCCAGCGUUUUCCAAUACGCUACGUGGAAUCUUUUGAACCGAUUGAGGCUGACGCAGAUUUCGUCGUCGAUCCACGAUGUGCAGACAAGCAACAGACAUUAUUAACCAAAGUUGCAGAGACGUAUUCUCGGGUUCGAGCACGUUUAGAUCGCUUAAAAGAGCCUCACCUGCGGUAUCAACUACCAGUCGAGGACGCAGCGCAGUAUCAUCGAGCCUAUCGACUUGGCCUAGAUGAUGUGCCCUCCACUGCUUCGACCAAACCGAAGAAGGGUAAACAGAAGCUGAACUUCCGCCCAAAAUCUGCUGGUGCUAGCGUGGGCUUCCAAACUAUAAGUCUAACUCCAAAACCCGGUGGUUUCCUCACUCCGGAACUGAACGGAGGUUACGACGCGAAGGACUCUUGA